AUGACCACUCCACAAUUGCUAGGGGCUAACCCCAGCACCUAUGAGCUCCCACCCCUCUCAUCCCACUCGGGAUCCCCUAUCAUGGAGGAGUUCGAGAAGCCCGAGAAGCCAGGCAAGCUGCGCUUCUGCCAGCGCCUCCGCCACUUCACCUGGGCCUGGUAUACCUUGACCAUGAGCACGGGUGGUCUGGCUCUGCUCAUUGCCAGCCAGCCCAACCGCUUCAAGGGCCUCGAUGAGAUUGGCCUGGCUGUUUAUUUGAUCAACCUUGCCCUGUUUGCGCUGGUAUGCUCUCUGAUGGCUGCCCGGUUCAUCAUCCAUGGCGGACUGGUCGCCUCCCUCCGCCAUGACCGUGAGGGACUGUUCUUCCCUACGUUCUGGUUGUCCGUUGCCACCAUGAUCACCGGGCUGGAGCGCUACUUCGGCGACAAUCCCGCACCGGCUUUCUCGACCACCCUGGAAGUACUCUUCUGGCUCUACUGUGUGUGCACCUUCGCCGUCGCCAUCUUCCAAUACUCCUUCGUCUUCUCCUCCCACACCUACCGUCUACAGUCCAUGAUGCCGUCCUGGAUCCUGCCCGCCUUCCCCAUCAUGCUUAGCGGCACCAUCGCUUCCGUCAUCGCCGAACGACAGCCUGACCGGUCGGCCAUCCCCAUCGUCACCGCCGGCAUGACAUUCCAGGGUCUUGGGUUUUCUAUCAGCUUCAUGAUGUAUGCCCAUUACAUUGGACGACUGAUGGAGUCUGGGCUGCCGAACCGUGAACACCGACCGGGUAUGUUCAUCUGCGUGGGCCCGCCGGCUUUCACGGCGCUGGCUUUGAUCGGCAUGGCCAAGGGACUUCCGGAGACGUUCAGCGUCAUGGGCAGCGAAGACACCGUCAGUGAUGGUCGCAUGAUUGAAAUCCUUGCUCUUGCCGCCGGUGCCUUCCUGUGGGCUCUGAGUCUCUGGUUCUUCUGCAUUGCGUUGAUUGCUGUGAUUCGCUCGCCGCCGACUGCCUUCCACCUCAGCUGGUGGGCCAUGGUCUUCCCCAACACCGGGUUCACCAUUGCGACCAUCACACUGGCUAAUGCUUUUGAGAGCACUGGCAUCAAGGGUUUCGCAUCCGCCAUGUCCAUUUGCAUCAUCUGCAUGUGGCUCUUUGUCUUGGUCAGCCACGCCCGCGCCGUCAUCCGCCAGGAUAUUAUGUACCCGGGCAAGGAUGAGGAUGUGUCCGAGUAA